CCCCGCGGGAGGGUCCCGCCGCCCCGCCGGCCCGUCCUCGCGGGCGUCGCCGUGGUGCGCCCGGACCGGCGGCAGCAGCGGGGACCGGUCGUUCCCGGAGCCGUGCUCGUCCCGCCCCGCGUCUGCGCGCCCGGCCGUGACUCAGAGCGCGGGAGGGGGUGCGCAUAGUCCCACGAGCCGGGAGGGAGCUGGAGACACCAGCGUGUUUGCUGUCAUGACGGGGACGUAGACCGACUUUAAUAAUUACUCCGGUGACUCCUUAGGAAGGCGUAGGCUCUCCGAAUGGUCUUGCCAGUCCCACCGUCAUCACGCAUCAAGUGGUGCGUGGCCGGGGCUGUUGAGGUGUCCUAAAAACGGAAUGUGCCCAGGAUGCUGCAGAAUUGUCCGUUGAAGUGAUUUUUGUGUUAUCUUAAAAAAAAAAAAAAACAUUGUGUAUAGGGACUUGAACAGUAUCUUUUCUAGCAGGAGACAGAUAACGAACUUAUGCAGGGUUUCAGCCUCAGUGUGGACGUCCUGAGAUUUCACUGGUUGGUAGCAGCCUUGAGAAUAAACGAUCCCUUGUCCACGUGCUUGAGGUCUUAACUGUUUAUGUCGAACUAGUUCCCUAGGGCCCGCUGGCUGUUCAUUGUAAUUCAUACUAGACCUGGUAGGAGUUGUAUUCCUUUUUUUUUGUUUGUUUUUGUUUUUGCAUCGGGCAGCCUUAUUUAAGGGCUGGUGACUGACAGCUAUCCCCGGCCCCGCCCCUUCCUCCUCUAAAAAGCGACUACACGUGUAAGGGGCUGUUCGCCAGGGCCCAAGGGGACUGUGGGAUUAUUCUUAAUUAAUAGGCAGAGGUAAGAGCUAACGUUUAACCCAAAGCCCUUAGCAAGUUUUCCCUGCCUUUUUUCAUUUAAGCUCACGUUUGUCUGAAGAGACUUACUUAGUACAAUAAGGUACUAACUUUACUUACAGUAUUAGUUUCUUACGUAUUAAAAAUACAUAAUCACGAACAUACUUUAUAACCUUAUAGAUUGAAGUUGGAAAAUUAGAAACAAUGAUAAUGGUUGAUGUUGAGUAGUGUUUGCCAGGCGUGUGCCCAGUGGUACCUGGUUUAUUUCCUUUAAUCUCCUGGGAUAGCUUUCACAUAGGCGUAGGUUGCUCAGAAAUUUUUGAAUAGAUGGGUUUGAUUUGAAUGUCUUAAAUGUGGAGUAUGUACAUUAAUUACUUCUGUUUCUGCUUUUGUGAAAAAGAGUGUUGGCAAUAUAAAAUGACUCAGUAAAUUAAAGUGUUUUUCAAGCCUGAAGAUGUCUCUAAAAUUGCAUACAACAGCAAUUGGUCCCUUUAUUUGGGUGUUCAGUAGUUUCUAAAGCACCGUGUCUCAUUUAUCCAAGUUCCCAUAACACGUCAUCAUCACCCGAUGAGCAGGCUAUUGGACCUUGAAAGAAGAGAAAUGUUGGGGAAGUCGAAAUGACCGUUCUGCAGGGCCCCCUCGUACCAUAUUUUUCUAAGUGACAUUCCUGAUUAGGUUGACAGAUGACAGUGAAACAGGAAGAGUAAUUUUUCAAUACCGAACCAAGGAAAUACAAAUCAGUGGGUUGGUUAUUACUUUGUUGAUAAGUCUAACAUUCAUGGGUAUAUGAAUGUUAAGAAUGUUGGAUUAUCUGUAUUGUAGGGUCUCUACCUAAUUUUUCAGUUUGCCUUUAAAUAUCAUAAGCACUUUGUGCUUUAUGCAUUAAGCACAUAAAUCCAGUACUUUGUGCAUUAAGAAGUUAGCAUUUUUGAUUGAGUAGUACUCAAUUAAACUGCGUAGUUUGACUUCCUUAAUCAAGAAGUUUCUUUUGACAGUGUUCCCAAAAAUGCAAUGUAGUGAUUUGUAAAGGCCUAACAGUGAUGAGAUUGAUAGUGAAGUCUAACAAUUUGCAUCUUGUGAGAGUAGAAGUAGUUGAAAAGGAUGGGAGAGGACAGCAGAGGGGCUUGGAAAUGUGUCUUAGUUUGUGAUGAAAGUAUAUUGGACUUAACCUGUCUCCUGAUCCUAGUGGUCCAUCGUUGGAGAGAAAGAGAUUGGGAUGGGGGAGAUUGGGAGAGGAAGAGAUUAGGGGCCGGGCCACUCCAGCUUUGACUUCUCCACAGAAUCUGCAGCCCACAAUAAGCCCUUUGAAUGUUAGCUGCUUAUGUGACACAGUUUGGCAUUUAAUCAUUUAUGGCCUUUUACUGUUGCAUAAGCAUUUCUGUGUUUUGUCUUGGUUUGUGAUGAAAGUAUAUUGGACUUAACCUGUCUCCUGAUCCUAGUGGUCCAUCGUUGGAGAGGAAGAGAUUAGGAAUGCUUUGCCAGUCAGUAUUUAUAAGAAGGUUCCUUUAUCUCUAGGCCUUGUCUUUGGGGGAGGGGAUGAGUGGAGAGUUGUCUUCAAUGGAAGGAUAGAAGAAAAAAAUGCACACAUUUUCUUUUGGAGUUAAUACUUCCACCCAUCAUGACUAAUUGAUUCGUGUCAUCUUGUUACCACAUGCAUCUUCAGGCAUUUUCACGGUAGAUAUUUGUGGGCAGCUGCUAGUAGAUCGAGUAAAGAAAGGGAAAAGAGAGUGGAUUGAGGUAGAGACAGAGCACAAGGGUAUAUGCAGCAAAACAUUAAUAGGCUUUUCAUUUGGGGAAAAUGGGAACUGGGCCUCUGGUGGCCUCUUAUGAAAAAUCAUUCCAAUAGUAUUAACUUUGUGUGUUUAAAAUCUCUUAUAUGUUAUUUGUAUCCAGAAAUAUGGAGAAUAUCCCUUUGAUGUGUUUUAUAAACAACAGAACAUUUAGAAUGCAGUACAUGAAAGUUACUGAAUUUUUCAUGGCAGCCGUUUCUGUAUGUUUGUCAUCAUUAGAAAGUCAGAGCAACCAUGAUGCCGUAUUUCCAGAGCCUAGAACAGGGCCUGGCAUAUAGAAGGUACUCAGUGACUAUUUGUGGAAUAAACAAAAAUACAUUGGAAUCCUCUUUUCUUUCCACUGCUGAAGAUCCUACUUAACUUUAGGGAAGUUUUAGCAUUUUUUAUUGGAUUUAAUUGAGUAGUUUUGACUUCCUUAAUCAAGAAGUUUCUUUUGACAGUGUUCCCAAAAAUGCAAUGUAGAGAUUUGUAGAGGCAUAACAGUGAUGAGAUUGAUAGUGAAGUCUAACAAUUUGUAUCUUGUGAGAGUAGAAGUAGUUGAAAAGGAUGGGAGAGGACAGCAGAGGGGCUUGGAAAUGUGUCUUAGUUUGUGAUGAAAGUAUAUUGGACUUAACCUGUCUCCUGAUCCUAGUGGUCCAUCGUUGGAGAGAAAGAGAUUGGGAUGGGGGAGAUUGGGAGAGGAAGAGAUUAGGGGCCGGGCCACUCCAGCUUUGACUUCUCCACAGAAUCUGCAGCCCACAAUAAGCCCUUUGAAUGUUAGCUGCUUAUGUGACACAGUUUGGCAUUUAAUCCUUUAUGGCCUUAUACUAUUACAUAAGCAUUUCCGUGUUUUGUUUCUCCACCUAAAAUAGAGGCUGCUUGAGGGCAGAGAAUAUGUAUUUAUAAGGUACUAUGUUUCCUUGUUUAUCCAGUAUGAUAAUAAAUGCAGAGUAGGUUUAUGUAUAUUUAUUGAGUUGAUGUUAGAUACCAUAGGGGAAAUGUCAGAGAUAUCGAAAAUGUGGUUCCAAUCUUCAAGUAGGUAGUAUUUUAGUGGGGCAAAUGUAUGCAGUAGGAGAAUUUGUAGCUAAAUAAAACAAAAUAAAAAUGAUAGCUAACAUUUAUGUAGUGCUUAAAAUGUGCAGAUACACAUGUGCAGAUACAUUCCUGUUCCAGGAGCCUUUGGCUGUUAAUUUAUUAUGAAUCUCUCAUAACAGUCUUUUGAAGUAGUAGGUACGGUUAGAAUCCCAUUUUUAAGGUGAGGAAACUGAGGCACAGUAGGGUAAUUAAGUCACUUGCCCCAAGAAUGCCACAAUGCAAAUAGUGAGGGAGACUGGAUAUGAACUCAGGUAGUCUAUCCCCCAAGUCAGGGUCAAUUUCUGUGGGGAAUUUACUUCAAAGAGGAGAGAUCUAAAAUUGACACUAUUUUUUCAAGUGUAAAAGGCUCUCUUUCUCAGAUUUCAAAGUAGCAUAAAAGAUUGCAGUGAUUGCGCUACAGAAACAGUGCUGUGGAUUUUCCAAAGAGAAGAGGUUGAUAAAUGGUUAUGGGGUACUCUGUUUUGAAAUGACCAAAGGCAAGGGGAGAGAAACUGAAUUUUGAGUCUCAGAGCUGAAUGAGGAUUAUAACUCUUUAUAGGUAUUGAAUCCUAGUACAGUGAUUCACUGGGAAAUAGUACAAUAACUGUUUAUUAAUCUAGUGUCAAAAAACUUACAAAAUAUAAUAUUGAAUGAUACUUGAUGUCUUACUGCUUUUCUUUUUUAAACAGUUACUAGAUUUAAUCCCUAAUGAUAACAAUUUACCAGGAAGUGAGUGUUACUGGACAUUUCCUGUGUACUUCUAUCUAUUUGCUUUGUCCUUACGUGGAACACUGUUGAGGCCAGGAGGAAACCAAGAAAUACUUCUUUGGUGGAAAAAAAUGUAAAAUGGUGCUGUUGGUUGGGUGACAGACCUGCAGUGAAGUUGUUUUGAAGCUGUGUGGAAUUAGAUGAGGGACUGCAAACAAAAUCCAGCAAGAUGAAGAAAAUGGGAUUCUUCGAAAACCCACUCUUGUGUCCAUUUUGUCAGGAGCUGACACUAUUAUUUUGGGGGUGUUGGGCAUCAACAGAGUCACUGAAUCUAAACGACUGCAGAGAUAGGCGAGUACAUACAUCAACAUACCCACUGUCCAGGAAUCAGAGGAGGAAGUGCCCUUGAAUGAAGCAUGGGCCACAAACCUGGUUAGCAGCCAGGGAGGACACACACGCUACAGGCGUCUUGUUUUGGAAACAGCACAGUUUGGCUUCCAUGUCAUCUCUGAGUAUGAGAGAGAAUCGUAGUUUGAACAUGUCCUCAACAGAGACCAAAGAACCAGGAGGAGACAUCACAGCUUUCCCAGAUUGGGAGGAAAAAUAUGGAAUGUGUUUUCCCGCUGACUGAACACAACCAAAUGAACUGUACUGACAGUAUGAAAACCAGCAGUUAGCAGUUUGUUCAGGCUCUAACAUUGUCCAGCACUUUCCAGAGCAAACUCACUGUUUACAAGAACUCUCGGCCUUACGACGUUUAUCACCUCAAGCUUUGUUUAUUUAAACUAUUUCUGCAAAAGAAAAGUACCCAGAGCCCACUUUCCAAAAUGGCCAUGGACGAGUAUUUGUGGAUGGUCGUUUUGGGUUUUAUCAUAGCUUUUAUCUUGGCGUUUUCUGUUGGUGCAAAUGAUGUUGCCAAUUCAUUCGGUACUGCUGUGGGCUCUGGCGUAGUGACCUUGAGGCAGGCCUGCAUUUUGGCUUCAAUAUUUGAAACUACCGGUUCAGUGUUAUUGGGAGCCAAAGUAGGAGAAACUAUUCGAAAAGGUAUCAUUGAUGUGAACCUAUACAACGAGACAGUAGAAACACUCAUGGCUGGGGAAGUUAGUGCAAUGGUUGGUUCAGCUGUUUGGCAGCUGAUUGCAUCCUUCCUGAGACUUCCAAUUUCAGGAACUCAUUGCAUUGUUGGUUCUACUAUAGGAUUCUCACUUGUUGCAAUUGGUACACAAGGUGUGCAGUGGAUGGAACUCGUCAAGAUUGUUGCUUCUUGGUUUAUAUCUCCACUGUUGUCUGGUUUCAUGUCUGGCGUGCUGUUUGUACUGAUCAGAAUUUUCAUCUUAAAGAAGGAGGACCCUGUUCCCAAUGGCCUCCGGGCACUCCCAGUGUUCUAUGCUGCUACAAUAGCAAUAAACGUGUUUUCCAUCAUGUACACAGGAGCGCCAGUGCUUGGUCUGGUCCUUCCCAUAUGGGCAAUAGCACUCAUCUCGUUUGGUGUCGCGCUGCUGUUUGCCCUUUUUGUAUGGCUCUUUGUGUGUCCAUGGAUGCGGAGGAAAAUAGCAGGCAAAUUACAAAAAGAAGCUGCUUUAUCACGAGUGUCUGAUGAAAGCCUCAGUAAAAUUCAGGAAGUGGAGUCCCCAGUAUUUAAAGAGCUACCAGGUGCCAAGGCCAAUGACGACAGCACCGUCCCUCUCACGGGGCUGGCUGAGGAGCCGGCUGGGACCUCGGAAGGCACAACAGUGGGAAACCACCCCCGGGCCUCCUACGGCCGGGCGCUGUCCAUGACCCACGGCUCCGCACGCUCGCCCAUCUCCAACGGCACCUUCGGCUUCGACGGGCACGCGAGGGGCGACGGGCACGUGUACCACACGGUCCACAAGGACUCGGGGCUCUACAAGGACUUGCUGCACAGGAUGCACGCGGACAGGGGCCCCGAGGAGAGGCCCACGCAGGAGAGCAGCGCCCGGCUGCUGCGCCGCAACAACAGCUACACCUGCUACACCGCCGCCAUCUGUGGGCUGCCCGUGCACGCCACCUUCAAGGCCGCCGAGUCGUCCUCGGCUGCAGAGGACAGCGAGAAGCUGGUGGGUGACGCCGUGUCCUACUCGAAGAAGAGGCUUCGCUACGACAGCUACUCGAGCUACUGCAACGCCGUAGCGGAGGCCGAGAUCGAGGCAGAUGAGGGAGGCGUGGAAAUGAAGCUGGCGUCCGAGCUGGCGGAUCCCGACCAGCCCCGAGAGGACCCUGCGGAGGACGAGAAGGAGGAGAAGGACACAGCCGAGGUCCACCUCCUGUUCCACUUCCUGCAGGUCCUCACCGCCUGCUUUGGGUCCUUCGCGCACGGUGGCAAUGAUGUAAGUAAUGCCAUUGGUCCCCUGGUGGCUUUGUGGCUGAUUUACGAGCAAGGCGCAGUCCUGCAAGAGGCAGUUACCCCUGUCUGGCUGCUGUUUUAUGGAGGAGUUGGCAUCUGUACAGGCCUGUGGGUCUGGGGCAGAAGAGUGAUCCAGACCAUGGGCAAGGACCUCACGCCCAUCACGCCCUCCAGCGGCUUCACCAUCGAGCUGGCCUCUGCCUUCACAGUCGUGAUCGCCUCCAACGUCGGGCUUCCCGUCAGCACCACGCACUGCAAGGUGGGCUCAGUGGUGGCCGUGGGCUGGAUCCGCUCCCGGAAGGCUGUGGACUGGCGCCUCUUCCGGAACAUCUUCGUGGCCUGGUUUGUGACUGUGCCUGUGGCUGGGUUGUUCAGUGCUGCUAUCAUGGCUCUCCUCAUGUACGGGAUCCUUCCAUACGUGUGAUCUGUCGUCUUCCACCCAGUGCACAAGGGGUAGUCUGGUGAGGGGAUGAGUGGGUGGCAUUGACACACGUCCUGCCCGUGCAUGGGCUGCCUGCCCGCCAGCCUCUCCAUGUCGCUUUCAUAUGGUUCCAGGCCACACUGCUCACCUGCACUGUAGAGAGUCAUCCUCCAGAGCUAACUUAACUACUGUACAUAAUGAUGUGCAUUAAACUGGUAUUGUGGUGACAUAA